GCUAUUAGUUGUUUAUAGGAAUUCAUUUCAUGGAUAUUUGGAUAAGAAAAUGGCCUUUGCCAUAGUCUCCAUGUAAUAACUAUUCAUUACAUACUAAAUUCUGUUAACUUUAGCUUGUUCCGUACAUGUAAUUGACCUCUGUUUCUUUGAUAAAUUCUGUUACAAAUAGCUUGGAGAUGGAGGAAGGAGAUGCAAAAAAUCCAAAUACAGAACAGAUGGAGGUGAAGGAACCUAAACAUGAUGGCACCACCAUGAGAAAAGCUCUCCUAGUAAUAAACUGCAUCAUCCUUUCAAUAGGCAACUGUGGUAGUCCACUUAUCAUGCGCCUCUACUUCAUCCAUGGUGGCAACCGAAUCUGGUUCUUGAGCUGGCUCGAAACCGCGGGUUGCCCCAUCACCUUGCUUCCCAUUGCUUGUGCUUACAUGCAUCGUUCCAGGACGGCCGAUCCCACCUCGGGAAAGAAGCGUUUCUACAUGGAACGACCUUUGUUCCUCGCCGCUAUCGUCCUCGGGAUCAUCACAGGCCUCGAUAACUACUUCUACUCCUAUGGCUUAUCUCGUCUCCCCGUUUCGACUUCUUCUUUGAUCAUCGCGUCGCAGUUGGCUUUCACGGCAGGGUUUGCUUUCCUGUUGGUGAAACAAAAGUUCACUGCCUACUCCAUAAACGCCGUGUUUUUGUUGACCAUAGGGGCUGGCGUUCUGGCUUUGCAUUCGAGCAGCGACCGGCCUGAGAAUGAAUCCAACAAGGAAUAUAUUUUGGGGUUCGUAAUGACCUUAGCUGCAGCGGCUUUGUACGGAUUUGUAUUGCCUUUGGUGGAACUAACGUACAAGAAGGCAAAGCAAGAGAUCAGCUACGCCCUUGUGAUGGAGAUUCAGCUGGUGAUGUGUUUGGUUGCUACUGGCUUUUGCACCGUUGGGAUGCUGGUCAACAAUGAUUUCAAGGUGAUCGGAAAGGAAGCAAGGGAAUUCGAGCUAGGAGAAACAAAAUACUAUGUGGUUGUGAUUUUUACUGCAAUAAUAAAUCAAUGUUUCUUCUUGGGAGCUAUUGGAGUAGUAUUUUGUGCGUCAUCAAUGCUAUCGGGUGUAGUGAUAGCGGUUCUAUUACCAGUUACAGAGAUUUUGGCAAUAUUUUCCUUCAAUGAGAAGUUUCAAGCCGAGAAGGGUGUGUCACUUGCUCUCUCGCUGUGGGGCUUCGUUUCCUACUUUUAUGGUGAAAUCAAACAAAGUAAAAAGAAGAAACCAGAUCCUGAAAUUGAGAUGGCCUCUUCUCUGCCUCCCAAUACUCUCAAAAGCAGUGUUUAAGGGUUGGUGAUCAUAGUCAUCCCUAACAAAUUCCAAGUGCCAAGUUUGGUUGGCUAUUAGUUCUUUUAUGGGGAUUCAGUUCAUAGAAACUACGAUGCUACUCAUAGGUCAUCUGCUUUAGGAUUGAGUUGGUGGAACUAUUUGCUUGCAUAAAAAAGUCCAACUCAAGAUUAUAGUUUAUAUAGUAUGUAAAUCAAAGCAAAUUGUGUGAAUUUAUAUUGCAUAAAGAAUAACAAGAUUAAUUCAAUUACAAUCAUAAAA